AGCUCGUCCAUCGGUACGACGACGACGGCCGAGGCGACCCAGGCGCUGCCGACCACUUUCGCCGCGGGAGCGACACCGCCCGUCUCUGGAGCGCCCACCCUGCCCAACAUCGGCACGCUCAACCCGGCCAACUACCCGCCGCUCGACCGCCUGCCGCCGACCGACUCGCCCGAGGUGCAAGAGUGGCUGUCGCAGAUCGACCUCGCCAACGUCCCCGACUUUUCGCCGACCGGCCUCAACGGCUGCGCCAACUCGACUUUCAACGCCGAGGCGCUCGCAGAAGCGGGUUCUGCUGGACGGUGUUGGUGGUCAUGUGGCGGAUGGGGCGUCUCCACUCGCGCGACCGACAUCACCUACUGCCCGAGGAAGGAGGACUGGGGCGCCUCUUUCGAUGACGGCCCAUCGCCGUACACGCCGCGCCUUCUCAACCUUCUCGAGUCGCAAGGCCUCAAGUCGACCUUCUUCAUCGUCGGUUCUCGCGCCAUUUCCCGCCCCGAGAUGGUCCAGACCGAGUACAUGCUCGGGCACCAGCUGUCGGUGCACACAUGGGCGCACCCGGCCCUGACGACGCUCACGAACGAGGAGAUUGUCGCCGAGCUCGGGUGGACGAUGAAGGUCAUCAAGGACGUGACGGGCGUCACGCCCAACACGUUCCGCCCGCCGUACGGCGACAUCGACGACCGCGUGCGGUACAUCGCGCUGCAGAUGGGCCUGCGCCCGAUCAUCUGGACGACCUACAACAACGACGUGUUCGACACGCGCGACUGGCAGAUUGGCGGCGGCGUCGUCACGGCGCCCGAUGUGUACACGCGCUUCGACACGUUCCUCAACCAGGCGUCGUCGAGCUUGUCGUCGGGCUUCAUCGUCCUGGCCCACGACCUCUACCAGCAGUCGGUCGACCUCGCCGUCGAUUACAUCCUGCCCAACGUCAUCAACGCCGGCCGGCUCCAGAUCAAGACGAUCGCGUCCUGCCUCGGCCAGUCGCUCGAGCAGUCCUGUGCGUCCCUCCUCCCCUUCUCUCGGCAUUUCCUGUUCCUGCCCUCUCACUGA